AUGUCUCCGUACCGCUUAGUUUUUGGGAAAGCGUGUCAUUUACCAGUGGAGCUUGAACAUAAAGCUUAUUGGGCUCUGAAAAAUUUAAAUUUUGACAUGCAACUGGCCGGUGAAAAGAGAAAGUUACAGCUUGAUGAGUUAGAGGAACUCAGAUUUUUUUCUUAUGAGAAUGCUAAGCUCUACAAGGAAAAGACAAAGAAAUGGCAUGAUAAAAACAUUCAAUCUCGAGUGUUUGAGGUGGGGCAACAAGUGUUAUUAUUCAACUCCAGGCUAAAAUUAUUUCCCGGUAAGUUGAAAUCUAGGUGGUCUGGACCCUUCACUAUCAUCAAGGUGUAUCCUUAUGGAGCUGUGGAAUUGCGCGAUAAUCAAGGGGGUGAAUUUAAAGUGAACGGACAAAGGUUGAAACAUUACUGGGGAGGUCAAGUUGCUCGUGACAAGACCUCUGUUGAUUUGGUGGAGCCUUGA